AUGUCUACAGUGCUAUACUGCAAUAUCAAGCUACCUCAUAUCAUUCGGCACUUGCAGUUGGAAAACCAGGCACUCAAGAAUGAGAACCAUACUCUGGGCGAGAAGAACAAGACUUUGUCAUCUAAUCAAUGCCGGCGUUCAAGUGCUCAAGUUCCAGAUGAGUUGAAAGUUUUCAAUGUCGAGCUCUCGACAUUUUCCCACAAGUACAGAAUUGUUGUGGAGAUGUUCCCACCUGAGCAUCAUAUCCUUAAACUCCCUGUGCCAAACCCUCCACCUGCAAUCAUAUCCAAAAGUCACUAUGCCAGCAAAAGUGCCGAAGAGCUCAGUCUCAUGAGUGAGCUAUACUCACUUCUUCCAGACCAUCUCCAUUGGUUUGUACCGACUUCACAUUUUCAAUUGUUGCUAGAACAACAACUUCAAGGCAGUCACUCGAGCGCUAUUGGCAAGUUAAGGGUGAUGGCAGGUCAAAUUUUCAGUCUCAAUCCAUCGUACUUUGACAUUGGUUUUACAAAUCAAGACACAAUCCCUGAAAUCCAGAAGAUGCUCGGUAUGACUGGUCCAGGUAGUUGUUCAACAUUGUUAAAGUUCCCACCUGUCCUUUUUAUGAGGCAGGAAAGGGACCCUAUGAUGUCCAUGGUUUUCAGAAAUCGGGAGCCGCUCACAAAGGCAAUCAGGAUCGUUGUCUGGCAGUCAACAUCAUCUUCCAAUAUCGCAACUUCAGAUGCUGAAGGCGAGCAUUUGACAUCCAAUCUAAUGCACUUGGCCCUCGCUAAUGCAGGGCACAAAGAUCGAGAAUCAGACUCUCUGACUACUGAUGAUCACCAUGUCUCUCUGGUUCUCCCCAGUUCACCGACACUCGCUCUGGCUGCACCACCUGCCUUUCCCCUCACUGCACUAGCACCAGCCAUUACCCCUGCUGUCGAGACUACUGCCACUAUAACCCCUGCUGCUCCAGUUGUGCUCGCAGCUGAUGAAACCCCUCCAGUUCCUGAUGUUCCUGACAGUGUGGAAAUGCUGCAACCAGCAGCUUCAUCCUCUGGUCGACGGGGCCAUGGAAGAGGAAAGAGGGGUAGGCUAGUGGCUAUAUCAUUGUCAGCAGAGCAGUGA